UGCACCUUGUAUAGCAUUUAAAAAGAUCCCCGAAUGCAGGCAAUUACCUCUAGCUCUAGUUCCUUUUUGAUGUCAUAAAUAUCAUAAUUAUUAAAUUGUUUAGAUGGGAGUUUAAGUUAGAUGAACGUUUGUCCCUGAGAUAUUUCACAGAAAUCGGCAGUUUCUCCCUGCAAAUUGCCAACUUAUCUCCUAGGAUCGCCGACCUGUUUCUUCACAACGUGUACUAUAUACACCCCCUAAACCACGUUUUAAACUACGACAAAAAUGCCUCCUAGAGAGAUUCCGGGAUAUUAUUGGGAUAAGGACAAGAAGCGUUACUUCAAGAUUGAACAGCGCAAGACGGCGCCGAGCAAUGCAGCCUGGUCUUCUGAUAGUGUCAAGAAGCGUAAGGUCGAGGACACAGAGGCUGCUGAGCACGCCCAUCAGGUUGCGCUGAAUAAGAAGCGCAUCGUUCGUUCCGAGACCCUGGAGCACCCUCUCAUCGGCGGCUUCCUUAACCGUGAGCUUGGCGUGCCUAGACGCGAUCACAUCGCAACUUCUUUUGCCCAUGGCAUAGUUGAGAAGGGCGCUGUUGAGUUCACCUGGGGCCGCGAGCAUACCACGCUCACCCACAUGGUCGUCACCAACAGAGGUCCCAAAGGACUAUGUAAAGUCUACGCAAGUCCCGACGGAAGAGUAUGUGAUUCGGCCUAUACCUUGAGAGACAUCGAAUCAGGCAGAAUAGGUUCACAGUUCCGUGCCCGGUUAUAUGACAGCCAGUUGAAUGAUGGACAAGUCCUUCGCCUAGAACCAGCGCAUGAAAUUGUGCCGUCGCCGAUGGCAAGCAUAGGUUAUAGUAGCAAAUAUGAUGCCACUGUUAUUAUCCCUCGCCAGUUCCAGAGGCUCGAUCCUACCAUCAUUCGCCUCAACACGGAUGUACACAAUGUACUAGGCAAUAGCCUCUUAACCCACCAGCUUGGCGCCAACCCCCUCCACCAUAUAAAGACCCGUCUCCCUUGGAGUACCAACUUUUCUACAUGCCGAGAUCCGAUAGAGGCUCUCUCGUUAUGCAUAGCUCCGUCCACCAGCCCCGACCUACUCUGCGUGAUUGGCACAACUCACGGCCUAGUCUACUGCAACCCUUUCGGAUACAUGGCAGUGCCAUUUCCCCUAGGCCACUUCAACUUCAAAGACCCCAUGGGUCGACCUCCCACAGCCGAUACCUUUGGCAUCACCUUCAAAGCAGAGAACCCCAACAUUCUCUUGUUCGGCGGUCGUCCUGGCCGCUUGUUCACCGGGGACCUGCGGUGCGAAUAUCCUCAAUGGACCAACAUCAAGGUCCGCGACACCAUCACCCACGUCAAACAAGUCAGUGAGCACAAAGUCCUAGUUGCCGGCCUACGAAAUAUGCUCUCCGUCUUCGACACUCGCUACUGCGCAUCCGAACACCUACAUACGAAGCCCAAGGCCACCACCACCCCCUUCCUUCAGAUCGCCGGCUUUAAGAACGGCCCAUACCUCGAUCUUGGGCUGGACGUGGACAGGGACUCGGGGGUCGUGGCAGCGGCCCAUGAUGAUGGGAAGAUGGCGCUGUACUCGGUGCACACGGGGCGUCGACUCCGCUGUGCGGAUGUCGAUGGGAUUGUGGCGGGGAGCCCAAUCCACUGUGUCCAGUGGGAGACGUUUGUUGGCGAUAAUACGCCGAGCUUGUUUGUGGGCGCGGACCACCGCGUCAGGGUUUACUCGUUUGGGGUUAAGGACCCUGACGCGGACGAGUAGGGUCUUGCACCUUACGAUUUGUGUUGGUUUGUGUUGGUUUGUGUUGUGUUGCGGGUGUUGGUGCGGGUGCCUCGUAAGAGGAAAUUGUUUCUUUGCCUGUUUGUGCGUUUGAAGACUAUCACGGCAUUGCAUUGCAUUGCACGGCGUUGGAAGGUGUUUGAAUCGGUUGGCUUUGCUUCACUUGGCUAUUUGCACGAGUAACGAAUGAUCGAAUGAACGGAAAGGGGAAGAGGGACAGGAAGAAUCUUUGCAUUUUUGAAAGGGGGGGGGCAUCUUGCACAUCUAGCUUGGCUUGCGAUUAUUUGUUUAUUUUUGAGGAGGAUAUACCCGAUCUUUGUUGCGUUAGAACUCAUACACAGUUGCUUUAGCACCGAGGAGUAGAUAAUAAUUGAUAUUCUUGCUUGGCUUAAGUAUUCACGCCUUUUUGCCUAUUCGUGAUUGUCUUUUAUAUAUAAGGGAAUGAGUGGUAGUGUCUAAGAGAUAUGUUGAAGAUGGUGAAGACUUGUAGUGAGAUAGAUAUAUGGCUAUG